AUGGGCAACCUCACCAUGGUGACAGGAUUCCUCCUCAUGGAUUUUUCCAACACAUGGGAGCUGCAGGUCUUACACGCCAUGCUCUUCUUGCUAAUUUACCUGGUGGCCCUGAUGGGAAACCUGUUUAUCUUCACCCUCAUCUCUCUAAAUAGCCAUCUCCACACCCCCAUUUACUUCUUCCUGAAAAAACUGUCCUUUUUAAAUCUCUGCUUCUUUACUGUCAUUGUCCUCAAAUCUGCUUCCCAUGUCUUUCUAGAGGUAUUAUUUAUAGCAUCAGAUAUUUUUCUCCUUACAGCAAUGUCCUUUGACCACUAUGUGGCCAUCUGCCAGCCCCUGCACUAUGCAACUAUCAUGAAAAGAGAAGUUUGUGUGUGGUUGGUAACUUUGUCAUGGCUCAGUGGUGCUCUCUUUGGGACUUUGUACUCAGUUAGUAUAUUUUCUUUGCCCUUCUGUGGCUCCAAGGAGGUCCAUCAGUUCUUCUGUGAUGUCCCUUCCUUACUCAGGAUCUCCUUUUCUGACACACACACUACAGUUUAUUUGAGUAUCGGUAUUGGUUUCAGUUUGAGGAUUUUCUGCUGUAUUUCCAUCAUUAUCUUAUAUAGUCAUAUCUUCCCAACUGUUCUGAAGAUUCCCACCACAGAAGGUCGAUCAAAAGCUUUCUCCACUUGCCUGCACCACCUCAUUGUUUUCAUUGUUUUUGUCAUAACUUCAGCAAUGGCUUAUCUAAAGCCACUUUUGGACUCUGACUUAGUUCUGGAUCUAUUAUUGUCUAUUUUCUAUACAGUGGUACCCCCAACCCUGAACCCUUUAAUCUAUACCUUGAGGAACAAGGACAUAAAGAUUUCUCUGAAGAAGCUAAUGACCUUGCAACACUCAUCAAAGAGAUUAAUUCAAAAAUCUUUUCCGUGA